CAAUGCUUUCAAAGUAAAGGUAUUAGACAUAGUCGAUGUAGUCUAAAAACUUUAAAACUGGUUAAAACUAUACAGAGUAGUGAAAGGGUGAGUACUCGAAUUAUAGGUUAACUUGGAAAAACAUAUUUGAAUGCUGUUCCAAUGCUGUUUGAAUUGGUUUGAAUGCCACACUAACACAAAAUAAUAGAGUAAAAAUAAUUUAAACAACGUUAUAAAUUAUAUAUCAUUUAUUAGGUUAUUUAUUUUUUUUUUUCAAUUAAAAUUUGUUUUAUGUAAAAAAGAUUAUGUCUACUUUUGAUAUAAAAAAUAAUGAUGAUUGUCCUCGUGGUCGAGGAGACGGUGGUAAAUAUCAUCAUCACCAUCAUCGUCGUCGUCGUGGUGGUAUUGGUGGUGGUAAUAGUGGAAAUAAAAUUAAACAAUAUAAUAAUGAUAAUAAAAACAAAAAAAGAUCAAGUAAUGAAUUAAACAAUGUAAAAAGAACAAAAUAUGAGUCAUCAUCAAAUCGUCUUAAAGAGAUUGACAUUGGAGUAAGUGAAUUUAUGGGUACCCAUAAACACUUUACUGGUAUUUUUAAAGAACGUUUUAGUGACUUUAAUGUUCAUGAAAUAGAUUGUAAUGGAAAGAUAGCAACAUUAACAACCCAAGAAAUUCCACCAGAACCGGAAGAUGAUAUUGAUGUAGACAAACUAAAAAAAAGUUUACCUAUUGACAUAUUAGAAAAACUUGAUAACUUUACCAAUAGUGAGACUGAUGAUGUCGACAAUCCAGUUACAUCAAUUGAAAUUGAUGUAACUAGCAUUGAUAAAGAUCACCGGCGUAAUAUUCAUACUAUUGCAAAAAAAAUAAAACAAGUUAAUAGUCAAACUAUUGAUAGAGACAAUAAGAAACUAUUAGUUCUUACCAAAACAAAUAACGACAGUAAUAAAAAAAAAAUUAAUACUCUAUACAAAAAAUAUGGAUUCCAUCGAGACAUUCGUAUUAAUUGGUCUCUUCGUGAGGGUCCUUAUUGCAAAUUUAUUUUACAUAAAGUUAAUCUUGAUACAAUGGAUGCGUUAAAUCAAUUAGCUGUUAAUUUACGUAUACGUCCUAAUUUUUUAAAUUACUCAGGAACAAAAGAUCGUCGGGGGUGUACAACUCAGUGGGUUACUGCUAAACAAAUUCAUCCAUCUUUAAUUUUAGAAGCUGGAAAACGUAUUCGUGGCGUAUACGUUGGUAAUUUUGAAUUUACUAAAAAUUCACUUAAAUUAGGAAUGUUAAAAGGCAAUCAUUUUACAAUAGCUUUACGUAAUAUUACUACUUCUGAUCAAGAAAUUGAAUCAGCAAUUAUAAAUUUACGUGAUUAUGGAUUUAUAAAUUAUUAUGGAUUACAAAGAUUCGGUAGUGUAGCAGCUAUACCAACUCAUGAAAUAGGCAAAGCUUUAUUAAAAGCUAAUUAUAAUGAAGCUAUUGAUUUAAUACUAAAACCACGUUCUGGCGAUUAUAAAGAUAUGGCUGAUGCACGUGAAAUUUAUUAUAAAACUAAAGAUGCAAGUAAAGCAUUAAAAUGUAUCAAUAGAUUAGAUAAAAUAGAAGCUAAAUUAUUAAAAGGUAUUGAAUUAAAUGGUAUAUCUAAUCCACAAGGUGCUCUAGAUUAUAUACCAAGAAAUAUAAGAUUAAUGUAUAUUCAUUCAUAUCAAAGCUUUAUUUGGAAUCAUAUAGUAUCACGUAGAAUUCAAAAAUUUGGACGCAAACCAAUUGUUGGUGAUCUUGUCUAUGCUACUCAAUCAAAUUUAGAUAAAAAACAACAACAAAAAUUUCAAGUAAAUGAUGAAGAAUUUAAUGAAAUACUAAAUAAUGAUAAUGAUGAUAAAAUUGAUAUAGAUUUUGAAGAUGAUGAAAAAUCAUUACCAGAAGUUAAAAUUAUUAAUCAAAGUGACUUGUCAAAUUAUACAUUUGCUGAUAUUAUUAUACCACUACCCGGACAUAAGGUUAUAUAUCCAUCAUAUGCUAAAGUUUGGUAUGAAGAAUUUAUGGAUAAAGAUAAUUUAAAUAUAGAUUUAAAAAAUAAGAAUAAAAAAUAUUCGUUAAGUGGAGCAUAUAGAAAAAUUAUUCAAGUACCAGAUAAUUUGUCAUGGAAAAUUUUAAGAUACAAUGAUAUUAAUAGUGAUUUAAUUCUUUCCGAUAUUGAUAAAUUUCGAGGUAAUGAAGAAAAGAUUAAACAAAUUUCAGAGGGUAAAUAUAAAGCUUUAAUAUUAGAGAUGUCCUUAAAAUCAUCGACCUAUGCAACAAUGGCAUUACGAGAAAUUUUAAACCAUGAUACAUCAGCUGAAACUCAAGCAGCUCAAACAGCUGCUUAUCAUCAUGAUGCUUCAGUUAACCAGCAGGAAUUGAAUGAAAAAAAUGAUUUUAAUGAUGAAAAUGAACAGUUUCAAAAUCAAGAUAUUAAAAAAGAUAACGUAAUUGAGUUAGAAAAAAAACAGCUAAUGGAAACUGAUGAGGCUAUUGUUAAGGCAUAAAUAGACAUAUCUCAAUCAAUAUAGGCCAGCAUGAAGUUUUAUCUGUAUUCCAUAUGAAUAAAUUUACGCUUUCAUCAUCAUUUAUGAAUAUAAAAAAAAAAUUUCAUUUAUUUUUUUUAUAAAUUGAAUAUAAAAAAUUAUUAUAUUUUAUUAAUA